AUGUUGUUGGUUUUGUUGGCACUAUUCAUUGUGUAUGCCACCGGCUACGAGGCGCAGCCUUUUCAUUACAAACCCCCCGUGGAGGCUGCUCUUACCGACGAGGAAAUCUGCAAAAGGGCGGUUGCCGAGUUGCACAACGUCGAGGCUGCCACUGAUUUAGACGAAUGCACCACCUGCAAGACCCGGUUGCAAAUAGCCAAGUUCAUUGGCUUGACGAGACCGGAUUUGGUGCCGCAGAUAUUCCUCACAUGGUGCGUUGAGGCCGGGUAUGAUGAAGUGCAGUGCCACAUGAACUACGGCUACUCGGGCGAGGACUACUCCAGCACCGGGAACGACUUUGCCAAAGUUGCCAGUUUGAUGAACCCGUCAGGGUUGGAUGGCGACUACUUCUGCUACUACCAUGACAAAAAGUGCCACGUCUUGCCCGAGACCCCCAACAUCGACAUGUCCAACAUGUGGCCGCUGAAGCCUAAAAACUAUCAGCCACCAGACGGGUGCGGCGAGGUAUUCCAUGUUUUGCACAUCAGCGAUGUCAACUUGCAGCUCGACUAUACUGUCUUUGCCGAAGCCAACUGCAGCCAAAGCUUGUGCUGCUCGAGCCACUGCAGAAACACCAAAGCCGCCGCGCCGCACGUGAAUGAAAACUUGGACACCGGCUAUUACGACAGCACCUACCGCAAGAACCAUUUCGAAAAGGGCAAGUAUUUGGACAUCACCAAGGUGAAGAAGCGGACGUGGACUCCAGCGCGGCAGUUUGGCGAGUACACAUGCGACACCCCGGCGUUGCUCCUCAACAACACCAUGCUGUGCAUAAGAGACUUGCACCAAAACCACCUCUCCUUUGAGUUUGCGCUAUUCACCGGCGGCACGGUGGACCACUCGGACCGCUGCUACAUGAGCAAGGACAAGAACAUCAAGUCGCAGGAGACUAGCUACCGGAUCAUCAAAAAGUACCUCGACAAGAUCGAUGUCAUCCCCACGUUUGGCACGCGGGACAUUUUCCCCAUGAACCAGCUUCCGCAAAAGCACCUCAGCGAAAACUCCAACUCGUACCAGUGGCAGUUUGACUUUCUCGCGGACUUGUGGCUGGAGUUGGACUGGGUCGACCACGACACCGCGAAGCAGAUCCGGUACUCGCAAACGGGGUUCUCGCUCAUCACCCUCAAGGGACUCAAGGUUAUAUCUUUAAACUCAAACGUGUGGAACACAAAGAACUUGUACUGUUUUUGGAACAUGUUGGACGUGGACUCCCACGGCAUGUGGAAGUUUCUCAUUGAGGAGUUGAUUGACUCGGAGAGAAACCACCAGCGGGUGUGGAUAAUCGCGCAUCUACCACCGAGUCAGCAAGCGCUUCCCAUUUCCACCAAGAUCUUCACCUCCAUCAUUGAGCGGUUCUCGCCAAAAGUCAUAGCGGCGAUCUUCUUUGGCCACGUUCAAGCAGACACGUUUAUGGUCCAGUACGGGUGCGACGGAAGCGACGCCAAGGAGUUGAAAAACGCGGUGAACCACGCCUUGGUGGGACCGCUGGUGAGCCCAUACUCUGGCUAUAACCCCGCGUGGAAGUACUAUGCAGUGGACGAAAAGAGCUUUAGCAUUGUCAACUCAUUCACCUACUACACGCCCUUGGACAAGUCGUUCUACAAUGACGGCGCCGAGCCCAACUGGGAGUUUGCCUACUCCGCCAGGGACUUGUACGACCCCGAGUUGAAGUGGCCGCUGGACUGGACCCUCAACACCGAGUGGUGGCACCACGUGGCGGAGGAUAUUGGUAACUCUCCCGAGACCGAGUUGUUGUACCAACGGUUGGAGACGCGGUGGUUUUCAGAGGCGGUGUUGGACAACACCAGUUAUUGCAAAGUGACCAGUUUCUCCGUCGAGGCAAGGAAGCAGUGCAUGGUUACCGAUGAUCAGGAUGAUUACAUCAAACCCACGUGUCAAACCGACUAUGUUCCGUUGAUCCAUGUCAAGAACCAAGAGGUGGAGUAUGUGGAGGCCGACAUGGAGGAAGACUUUGAAGCGCAAAAGCAGGCUGUAGGAUAUGCUCGGAACUGGGAGGAGAAAAAUAACAACACAGAGAGUACAACCCCGCAGCCCCAGCGCAAGAAACAGCAAGGAAAGUCGAUCCAUCUUGCACACAACUGGAACCACGUCAACUAUGUAGGAGAUAUUCCGCCAUUAUAG